CGCACUGUCACCAUGAAGCGGACGGCGGCGGCGGCCGUCAUCGUGACACUCCUGCUGACAGCCGGCGGCGGCCGCGCUCAGAAGACCGCCGUCGACGGGCUGGGAGCCGGUGAGCUCAGAGACAUCUGCCAAAAAUGUUGCGCGUCGCCCGAGUCGGACCCGUGCCGAGACAUCUGCUCCUGCCAGUCCCGGGGCCAGGUACCUGUUAUUACGGUGGUUCCGGACUCCAAGCCCGGCCAGUGUCCCUUUAACAGCAGAUUCUGUAAGGCGGGGCCGAUACAGCAGGACUGCGCCAGUGACGCGGACUGCGCUGCGCCUGGCACCCGAUGCUGCGUGUUCGGCUGCCGGCAGACCUGUUUGCGCGCCUGCACCCCAGUCUGCCGUCUGGACCAGCUGUGCAUUCUGAAGCCGGGCGCCUCCCUAAAAGAGUCCACCGCCGUCUGCUCCCAGCCGCGGUGCCGCACACAGGAGUGUCAACAGAAACCUCCAGAACCAGAGAAACUGCAAGAUAAGUGCGCAACACUGAAGUGCCAGCCUGGAUCAGCGUGCAAGAUAGAGGAUGGUGUUGCCGUGUGCGCACUCACGGAUGUGAAGAGCGCCGGGUCAAACCUCACAGCUCCUUGCGCUGUGGUGACGUGCGUCUCCGGGCGCCGGUGCAUAGAGAGGGACGGUAAAGGGGUGUGUGUCAUCGACACCAGCACUGACCCCUGUAGAGGUUUCUUGUGUCCUGACGGUCAAACCUGUGCUGUCAUUGCGGGGGCACCUGUGUGCCUACAAAGCGCACAGUUAAAAGACCCGUGCGCUGACUUUGAAUGUGGUGAAGGUUCCACGUGCGCCGCGCGGGAAGGCAAGCCCUUCUGUAUCAGUGACACCCCUCCUGAUCCUUGCGAGGAUGUGAUAUGUGGCCCUAACCGACGUUGUGAAGCUCAGGGAAGCAAGGGAGUUUGUGUCAGCGCUCCUCCGGUUAAUCCUUGCAAGAGUGUCCGAUGCCCAUCGGGUACUCGAUGUGAGAUCAUAUCGGGUGAUGCUGUAUGCACGCCCCUUCCCACUCCAGCUGAUCCUUGCAGACAGGCCAAGUGUCCUUCCGGUACCCGGUGUGUUGUACAGUCCGGCCAGGCUGUCUGUAUCCCUGCACCUCAGCCAGAAAACUCCUGUAAGAAUGUCAAAUGUCCUUCGGGAACCCAGUGCGAGGUGCAAUCUGGUCAGGUUAUCUGUGCGCCUUCACCUACUCCGGCUGAUCCUUGCAAGACAGCUACCUGUCCAUCAGGAAUGCGCUGUGAAGUGCAGUCGGAUUUGAUUGUUUGUGUGCCUGCUACCCCGACAACUGACCCUUGUCAGAAGGCGAAAUGCCCUGCGGGCACUCGGUGUACUGGGGACUCAGGUGAUGUAGUCUGCGUGCCACUGCCGAAAACCAAUCCGUGCGAUAACGUGCGGUGUCCGACUGGUAAAAAGUGCGAAGUCUUUGGGGAGUACGCUGCUUGCCGCGGACCGGAAAAUCUGAAAGACCCCUGCGGUGGCGUUGAUUGUAUAUCCGGCACCAAAUGUGUGAUACGUGAUGGCCGGCCCUUCUGCGCCUUUAUUGCUCCUCCUCCUACACCACCGAACGUCGACCCCUGUCUAGGAUAUAACUGCCCAUCGGGAAAGCAGUGUGUUUCGGUCGGCGACGCGGCGUUCUGCUUUGUUCCAGAGAAGAUUGUCGACCUCUGUUCGUCAUUUGGCUGUCCCUCGGGGUCAACUUGUGUCGUGCAAAAUGGCAAGGCCACAUGCGUGCAGAGCCAAAACGUAGUGGAUCCCUGCUCCCUGUUCCGUUGUCCAAAAGGUUCGGAUUGUGUUAACAGGGGCGGCCGUGGGGUGUGUCUCACGAUAGACGGCCCAUGUACUCUGGUCAAAUGCAAGAGCGGGACCCAGUGCGUCGUUCGUCAAGGCGCUCAUGUCUGCGAGCCUCUUCAGCGACCGUGUGCACUUGUUCGUUGUCGUAGUGACAGGCAGUGUGUCGAAAGGGAUGGACAGGCGGUUUGCAUAAACCCAUGCGAAUUGAUCAAUUGCCCUGCUUCUUUCAAAUGUGUUGUGAACGGUGGUCGCGGGUUGUGCGUCCCAGGUAACCCGUGCGCCUUGGUGCGUUGCUCAGCUGGCUUGUCCUGCACUGUACGUAACAAUCGUGGGGUGUGCGUCAAAACUAACCCAUGUAAGCUGGUGCGCUGCAAAGCAGGACUAACGUGCAGCGUUCGUAACGGAAAGGCAGUAUGCGGAACGCCUGAGGGUCUCACGGACGUGUGCGACUCCGUUCAGUGUCCCAGUGGUGCGAAGUGUGUUGUCCGGAACGGGCGCGCUGUAUGCACCAAUCCAUGCUCAUUCACUGAUUGCGAGAAGGGAUUCAGAUGCGUUGUAAGGGGUGCUUUGGGUACAUGCAUCAAGGACGAUAACCCGUGUGCUGUGGUCACUUGUAAAACCGGCCAGAAGUGUACGCUUAACGGUGGACGCGCUGUGUGCAUCUCCGUUGAUCCCUGCGCUUUGGUUCGUUGUGGUGUAGGAUUGAAAUGUGAAGCUCGUAACGGCCGUGGGAUUUGUGUACCGGCGAAUCCGUGUGCAUUGGUCAGAUGCGGAAAGGAAUUGAAGUGCGAAGUCCGUAAUGGACGAGGGGUAUGCGUACCGACUAACCCCUGCGCCCUCGCUAAUUGCUCGGUUGGAACUAAAUGUGAAGUGCGUGGGAGGCUUGGGGUUUGUGUAGCAGUCAAUCCGUGCGACGCCAAGACGUGUGUCCGGGGAACAAGGUGCGUUGUACGCAAGGGGGAGCCCGUUUGCGUCGUUGUCAAUCCCUGUUCCCAAGUUCAGUGUUCGAGUGGCACGAAGUGCUACGUUCGUAAAGGCAGGGGAAGUUGCGAAGGCCCGGCGGGUUCCCUCGAGCUGUGUGGUAAAAGGAGGUGCCCCGCUGGUCAUCGUUGCGCUCGUAAAAAGGUAUCGUUUUACUGUCUGCCGGCAUAAAUACGCUACCGGUAGGCUGUUACAGGUCAGCUACAACGGGUAGGAUGUAUAUUUCUUUUACUUUCCGUAAAGUAACAUUCUCCUGCCUUUAUUUUUCAUUUUUAAUCUGCUUUCUGUAGCCGUACAUACCUGUGGGUUCAGAAUUAAAAUACCUGGGUAUUAGGUGAUUCAAUAGAGUUAACUGGAUUAUGUAUGUAGAUACAGUCAGCUUUCUUUUUAACGGACAGGUGCACUUAUGUCGUGUGCGAUAUUUUGUAUCAAUAUUUGACAGCUUGUAUAAGGAAGGGGAAUAAGACAGCGAAU